UGUGUACCGUAUUUUCACGACCAUAAGGCGCACCUAAAAGUCUUAAAUUUUCUCCAAAAUGUACGCCACGCCCUGUGGUGCAGUGCGCCUAUUGUGUUGUUGUGAGACACGAACGUAGUAGAAGACAAGGGGCGUGGCGAGAACGUGUGGACGUGAGCGAAGACAGACCCCGAAUAGUUCAAAAGGGCAGGUAUGCGCGGUAUGCUGAACAUUGUUCUGACAACCCUGAGAAUGGCACCUGCUAAGAGACACGCCUAUGAAGCACAGUUUAAACUGCAAGCGAUCAGCUACGCGGAGAAACACGGGAAUAGAGUAGCAGCGAGAGAAUUCAGCAUUAAUGAGUCCAAGGUUCGCAAGUGGAGGAAGUUGGAAAACGAACUCUGACAAGUAAAGAAGACGCAGCUGUGUUUCCACGGGCACAAUGCCAGGUGGCCUGAGCUGGAAGACCGCCUCGAGCAAUGGGUUAACGAGCAGAGGACAGCUGGGAGAAGCGUCUACCGUCACCAUUCGUCUGAGAGCAGUAACGCUCGCACAAGAAAUGAACAUUGAACAUUUUCAAGGAGGUCCGUCUUGGUGCUUUCGUUUUAUGAAACGCCACCACCUUUCCAUCCGGGCAAGGACUACGGUGGCCUAUUAACAACACACAUAUGAUUUUGUUCAUGUGGAAAGUUGAUGUGGUUAAAUCCACCAACUACCGGUAAACACAUUCUGAACUUCAACACAGCGCAUCAGCGCAUAAGAAGAGCAGGAGCCGUCAGUGCACGCAAUGAGGAAGUGCACGUGCGCUCUAAACCAGGUCUGAACCAGGCCUGGACCAGUAAAGUGAAACAUGCUUUUGGUUGUUUAUAAUUUUCACAAUGUCUGGUUUGCACUGAUAUGUUCCGAGUCCCGAGCCCGCACAGAUGUUUUACCGGUACGUUUUACCGUGCCCGCGCCCUAGCCCUAUAACCCGGUGCGCCUUUUGUAUGUGUUAAAUACCAAAACUGAAGCUGCACCCUAUGGUCGUGAAAAUACGGUACUUGAUCUAUGUGUGCACAAAGCAGUACAAAUGAUAAUGCUGGUGGAAUUCAUAAUUUUAUCCUUCUCAGCAGUGCCACUGCAGUUGCUCUUCAUGUCCAAAAUGUGCGUAAAUCAGGUCUUUAGUCAACUUAAAGUUGCACACAUUUUUCCUACACGUUUACUUUUAUAAAUCCCAAAGUUUGCGUGGAAAGUUGCUUACGCAGUUUAACGACCCCGUUUUGUGCAUAAGCAAGCUUUAUAAAUGAGGCCCCAGGUUUUGGUGCAUGCAACCAAGAAAACUUGAUUAUUUUAGGUAGCUUGAGCUCAAAUAUAUAGGUACAAUAAGCUGGGACAUUAAAAAGUACAGUUUCCUUAAAUUUAUAAGUGGUAUUAAAAAAUGACACAUUCGUAAGUAAUAUGAACUCAGUUUAUAAAUAGAGAGUAAAGACUGAACUUAAAAUCUCAAUUACAAUAACAAAAGACAUGAAACAGCUCAGCUAACUCAGGAAUAACAAGUAAUGCUAACAAUCACAUUUAAGUCAUUGAGUUGAAUCAAAAUUUUAGUUGAAUCAAAAUUUGGGCUUACAGGUAAGAUACUGAGGGAGAGGUUCCAUGACCGUGUUUGCGUUCAAGCCCUAGCUUGUUCUGUAAAUUCACUAGAGCAGCUUUAAUGUGAUGUUCCUUGGACUUAUGGGAAUGGACGUUGACAUUUUUUGUUUAUGUUUAUGUAUUUAGCAGACGCUUUUGUCCAAAGCGACUUACAAGUGAUAAUCGGCAUGUUGCCCUUGAGGCUAACAACAACAAUAACAACAACAACUUGACAUCAAUCAUGGAGAGGAUGGAACAAGGAGUGGACAGUAGAGAGGGGGUACGGGUGCAGGGAAGGUGCUAGUUUAGAAGAUGCUAUCUGCAGAGCAGGGUCUUCAGGAGUUUCUUGAAAAUUGAAAAGGAAGCCGCUGUUCUGGUAGUGCUUGGUAGGUCAUUCCACAUUUGUGGAACGAUGCAUGAGAAGAGUCUGGAUUGUCCUGAGCGUGGUGUAGGCACUGCUAGCCGACGAUCCUGUGAUGACCGAAGCGGCCGGGCCGAGACGUACGCCUUUGCAAGAGGAUUCAGGUAGAUGGGAGCCGUACCAUCUUGGACUUUGUAUGCUAGUGUUAGCAAUUUGAAUUUGAUGCGUGCUGCUAGCGGUAGCCAGUGGAGCUCAAUGAACAGAGGGGUGACGUGUGCUCUUUUUGGCUGAUUGAAGACCAGAUGCGCCGCUGCGUUCUGGACCAUUUGAAGAGGUCUCACAGUACAGGCUGGAAGACCAGUUAGAAGGGCAUUGCAGUAAUCGAGGCGGGAGAUGACAGUAGAUUGCACCAGGAGCUGGGUGGCAUGUUGUGUUAGGUAUGGUCUGACCUUAGCAAAGGUUAUCAGCAAAAAUGAACCACGUAGCCAACAAGGACUCACCUUGUGCUCUCAACAAGUAUUUUCAAGGCUUCCCAGGAAAUUAUACAAUUUGUUGCACACAGUCUUACUGCUGUAUAAAAGUAAUAACUACUUAGUUUUCAAGCCAAAGAGGGUUUCCCAGACGUCAUCACUUUUGCUCCGUAUCAGUACUAAUCUAUAAUGAAAAUAGCUUUUAAAUCUGUUUCAAAGUAAAAUAAUCUUUGUUGGCAUGUAUUAUUAGUAUUAUUUUUAAAUAAAAGAGCUGCUUGCGGAUUCUGAGUUAUACUUUUGAUGUUAGGUGAUGUUUUAACCCAAGUAUUAACUGAUAUCCCAGAUUUUGACCAACCCCAACUCAUGAAUCAGCAGUACAAAUUCAACCAACUGGGUAAAAUAACCCAACCUGUGUUGUUUUUAAGCAAGUGUCCUGCUAGACUUCCCCGACUUUAGUAGCUUCUUUUGAGUUGUUGAAAUGGUAAACUUAAUUAGAAAAUGAGAUUGUUUUGAAUGGGUUAUUAAAGGUGAACAAGAGGGUUUUGGCUUGCUUUUAGCACCACAUCGUGCCCGUUCGUCUUUUUAACACCUUAAUCUAACUAAUGAAAUGUCUCCCCAGCCUUCUUUGUGUCUACAGGAGCGAUUUGUCACCAAAUUAAACAAAUCAGCUGUGUGUUAUAAUGAUCUAACAUACAGGUAACAUGCUGGAAGCAGACUGCAGUGCCAGGUAUGUCAGCUCAAUCUUUUCUAAGUCCCAACAGAGCAUCAAGUCUGAAGUUGCAAGUGAAAUAUUGUGGCCACAGGGCAAUAGGGGUGGCCUUUCAUUAACCCUGUAAAGGGUCAUUUUAGCACAUACUGGCUCAAGAAAAUUAUUUAGAAUAUGAAAAAGUUGCCACGUACCACUUUAAGACAGAUGCAUUCUUCAGUUGGCUUAUAUGGUUAGUAUAAAGAUUUAUAAAAUAAUGUUAGAUUAAAGGAAAUUUAGUAGAGAUAUGCUGAAGUCACUAGCCGUUAGCUCAUCAGUCCUAAUAUAUAGGAUUUCUAUAUUAUAAAUUAUUUAUGACUUUUAUACAAAAACACUCUAGACCAAAUACCAUGCCUCUAUUCCACAGCACCAGACAUCAAAUAGAAAUAUUUUGUAUUUAUUAGAGGGAAGAAAGAACAAAGUUGACAGAUUUGUUUUUAAAAGAAUCACAUCAAUGCCCAUUUUACACUUAAAGAUGUAAAGCUGCAGCGCAGAUCAGAUCGGAGAAUCGCUUUUAUUUCGAGAGGGAUUUACGGUAAUGUCCCUUGUAGACUCGGAGGUGUCAAACAGCAGCAGGAGAAAGAUGCGUGGGCUUCCAGCUGUGCGCACAGACCCGCACAUUCAUCGAAAGCGUCUGGGGGUUCGCGCAGCCUUCCAGAUGGAAUGACCGGCCUGCGGUCCAAUGAAAGCGCGUGGAAGAAUGAGUCACCCGCUCCCUGCUCCAAUAGCGGCGCGGCGGAAAGGCGGCCCACAGGAAGCACACUUGGUUGAAUGGUCAGUAAAACAGCAAUCAGCGGUAAAUAUGUUGUGAUGCCACGCUCCAAACAGACACCGAGCUACCGGCGCGAGGCUACGGGACCCACGCAGACGCAUCCCGAGGUCUGACCGCAUCCUCAGGAUCUCGCCUUGCGCAAAGUCCGGCUGCAAAUCUGACCACAAGUCUCACUCCGGGGAUCCGAGCGGUGAUGGACAGCUGUUGGUCAUUGAUUCUGCGUUAAGGUUGACGAUGAAUCACUCGUGCGGUGGCGCGUGCUGUACCAUUGACCAACAGGCUGUGUUUUGUGGCUGCCAGAGGAGGAGGAGGAGCGGCUGACUUCUCUCUGCGCUCCGACCAGCUGCACGAGUGUCGUGAGGAUGCCUUUCACCCAAACGUGUGGCUCCCAUCACCGUCAGAGCUGAGAUGUGUGCGCGGUGCAGGUGCAUCGAGACUUGACUGGACCGAGUCAGAACAUGGGGACCAGUCGCUUGGAUUUCGACGAUCACCGCAUAAGAACACAGGGGACCGUCCAUGUCCCCCCUCGAACGGAUCAUCUGUAAUUGAUGGCGUUGUGAUCCCUGGGGACAAGAAUGCGUUUAUUCCAUCUCGAUUGCGCGCUGCCGUGCAACAUCACAAUGGAUGGAAGCUAAUUGGGCCCAAUGAUGUAGAGCCAAAUCCACCUGGAUCCGUGCUCCUCCCUCUUGUGGCCAAACGCGCUCUCCUGUGACUUUUCAUGUCCAAUUGAUUUAUUUUUAAUCCCAGAUCUGUCUUUCCUUCAGCUUCAAUUAAUCCCAGAGUUAAUGUUUGCUUCUGAAUGUGGAGGCUGGUUAAACUGAAAGUGCCCCGGAUGUUUGGAUCAACUACGGAAAGUUGUGUCGGAUAUUUAAAGCGCCUUAAUCUUGUGACGGAAUAGAAACUUGAAUUUGUUUCUCAUUGGAGCAAAACAUUUGCUGCGUGUUUAUUUGUGGGCUCGCUGCCUCCUUUUCUUCACCAUGUCCAGGUCAAAUAGUGUCAGCCCACCCGUAGUCAGUGUGCCCGGGCUGAGGGGAGGGACCGAGCACAGAUCAGCUUGGGGAGAGUCUGACUCUGUGGCCAACGGGUGCCCAUACUCAGCCAGAUCUCCGCGCAGGAAGCUCACCCGGACCAACAGCCGGUGGAGGGAGGAGGAUGAUACGGACCACCGGCCACCCGCGCGGGCCUCAUCGACCGUCAGCAGGGUCAGCUUCAGGUCCAGGUCGGCUUGGCAGGACCAUGGUGAGGAGAACCGAGACAACACGUCUGUUAAGCGUCCAGAGGACGAGGUGAGACCCAAAUCGGUGGAACUGGGUCUGGAGGAGCGGAGAGGCAAGUCAAGGACCGACGAGGAGGAGGUCAUGUCAGAAAUGAACGUCUCCGUCGCGGCGUGCUGCCUCAGCGUCAUGCACGUUUUUAAAUCCAAGAAGUUCCAGUCGGAGAAGCUGGAGCGGCUGUACCAGCGCUACUUCUUCCGCCUGAACCAGAGCAGCUUGACCAUGCUCAUGGCGGUGCUCGUGCUGGUCUUCACGGUCAUGCUGGGCUUUCACUGCUCCGGUGGAGCGGACGGACCGAGCGUAGCGUACGUAGUGGUGUUCUCCGUGGCCAUCCUACUCACGCUCAUCCUCAUAGUGGUGUGCAAUAGGAACGGCUUCCAUCAGGACCACAUGUGGGUUGUGUGCUACCUGGUGAUUCUGGUGGUGCUGGUGAUACAGGUGAUCGGAGUCCUGUUGGUGCAGCCUAGAAGUGCCUCGGACGGGAUCUGGUGGACGGUGUUCUUCAUCCAUGUCAUUUACACGCUGCUGCCCGUCAGGAUGCGCGCGGCGGUCAUCACAGGAGUUAUACUGUCCGCCAUCCACGUGGCCAUUUCUUGGAUGCUAAACGGAAUGGACAGCUUCCUCUGGAAACAGAUAGUGUCUAACAUCCUGAUUUUCUCCUGCACCAACAUUGUUGGGGUGUGCACCCAUUACCCCGCUGAGGGCUCCCAGAGGCAGGCCUUCCAGGAAACCCGGGAAUGCAUCCAGGCACGCCUUCACUCCCAGAGGGAAAACCAGCAGCAGGAGCGUCUCCUGCUCUCGGUACUUCCUCGUCACGUUGCCAUGGAGAUGAAAGCUGACAUAAAUGCCAAGCAGGAGGACAUGAUGUUUCAUAAGAUCUACAUCCAGAAGCACGACAACGUCAGCAUCCUGUUUGCAGACAUUGAGGGUUUCACCAGUCUGGCAUCACAGUGCACAGCACAGGAGUUGGUGAUGACCCUCAAUGAACUUUUUGCACGCUUUGACAAGCUGGCUGCGGAGAACCACUGCCUGCGGAUCAAGAUCCUGGGAGACUGCUACUACUGUGUGUCUGGUCUGCCGGAGGCCAGGGCGGAUCAUGCUCACUGCUGCGUGGAGAUGGGGCUGGACAUGAUAGAGGCCAUCUCGCUGGUACGAGAGGUGACUGGGGUGAAUGUGAACAUGCGAGUUGGGAUCCACAGUGGCAGGGUGCACUGUGGGGUGCUGGGACUCAGGAAGUGGCAAUUUGAUGUCUGGUCCAAUGAUGUCACACUAGCUAAUCAGAUGGAAGCUGGAGGCCAAGCUGGGCGCAUCCAUAUCACCAAGGCCACUCUGAAUUACUUAAAUGGGGACUAUGAUGUGGAGCCAGGAGCAGGAGGAGAGAGAAAUGCCUACCUGAAGAAGAACAACAUAGAAACCUAUCUGAUAGUGGGCUGCAGUCAGAAAAGGAAAGAAGAAAAGGCAUUGAUUGCCAAAAUGAGUCGACAGAGAACUAAUUCUGUCACACACAACAGUGGCCACUGGACCGACCGACCUUUCUACAACCAGAUCUCCAAGGAGAUGAAAAGGAUGGGCUUUGAGGACCCCAAGGACAAGCAUUUUAUUUUUAGGAACACACAGGAAAACCUGAACCCAGAGGACGAGGUGGACGAGUUCCUGGGCCGGGCCAUCGACGCACGCAGCAUCGACCGUCUACGCUCCGAACACGUCAAGAAGUUUCUGCUCACCUUCAGAGAGCCCGACCUGGAGAAAAAGUAUUCCAAACAGGUGGACACUCGGUUCGGAGCCUAUGUGGCCUGUGCCUCCCUCGUCUUCCUCUUCAUCUGCUUCAUCCAGAUCGUCAUCAUGCCGCGCUCCAGACUGAUGAUUGGCUUCUUCAUCACCUGCUUCAUCAUCCUCGUAGCCGUCAUGUUUAUCUCAGCGGUGUACUGCUGCUUUGGGAUCUUUCCAGCCCCGCUGCAGACACUGUCCAAGAGGAUAGUCCAGUCCAGACUCAACAGCACCUUGGUUGGUGUCUUCACCAUCAUCGUCGUCUUUCUCUCUGCUUUUAUUAAUAUUUUCACCUGCAGCAGUCAGGACCUGCGAAGCUGCAUCACGUCAGAGCUCAACAUCAGCCUGAGCAGCGUGAAUACAUGUCACGCUGUCCUGUUCAACUUCAGCCUGGACUCCCAACAAUACCCGUGUGGAGAGGGAGCGCUCAUCUGCAGCUUUCCUGAGUACUUUACAUCCUGUGUGCUGCUCAGCCUGCUGGCCUGCUCCGUCUUCCUGCAGAUCAGCAGCAUCGGGAAACUCUUCCUCAUGCUCUUCAUUGAACUGCUCUACCUUCUCAUCAUGGAGGUGCCCAAAGUGAGCCUCUUUGACAACCAGGACCUGCUGGUCAUGGUCAAUGCCAUGAACUCUGACAAGCGAACAAAUGGGACGAGCUGUGUGCUAGAUGCCAAGGUUCCUCUGAAGAUCAUGACCCCAGUGGUGAUCACGGUCUUCGUCCUCGCCCUUUACCUUCAUGCUCAGCAGGUGGAGUCCACAGCCCGGCUUGACUUCCUCUGGAAGCUGCAGGCUACAGAGGAGAAGGAGGAGAUGGAGGAGCUGCAGGCGUACAACCGGCGGCUGCUGCACAACAUCCUGCCCAAAGACGUGGCCGCUCACUUCCUGCAGCAAGAACGGCGCAACGAUGAGCUUUACUACCAGUCCUGUGAGUGCGUCGCUGUUAUGUUCGCUUCCAUCAGCAACUUCUCAGAGUUCUACGUGGAGCUGGAGGCCAACAACGAGGGAGUGGAGUGUCUGAGGCUGCUCAAUGAAAUCAUUGCUGAUUUUGAUGAGAUCAUCAGUGAAGAUCAGUUCCGUCAGCUGGAGAAGAUCAAGACCAUCGGCUCCACCUACAUGGCAGCUUCUGGCCUCAACGACUCGACCUAUGACAAAGCUGGACGCUCCCACAUUCGCGCUCUGGCUGAUUACGCCAUGAGGAUGAUGGACCAGAUGAAAUACAUCAAUGAGCACUCCUUUAACAACUUCAAGAUGAAAAUAGGUCUGAACAUCGGCCCAGUAGUUGCUGGGGUUAUCGGAGCCCGGAAGCCUCAGUAUGACAUCUGGGGCAACACAGUAAACGUAGCGAGUCGCAUGGACAGCACAGGUGUCCCAGAGAGGAUUCAGGUGACAACAGAUCUUUACCAGGUGCUGAACUCCUACAACUACACACUGGAAUACAGAGGCAUCGUCACAGUCAAGGGCAAAGGAGAGAUGAUGACGUAUUUUCUCACCAGUGGACCACCGAGCAGUUAACCUUUAAUAAGUGACAAUCAGACACAAGGGAGGUUUCAUUUAAUGAGCUGGCUAACAGACCUCUGAAAGCUUAAAGCAGACUGAAGUGAUUCUCGUCGCAGCCGUGAACCCUCCUCAAACCUGACGGUCUUUAGAGGAACCAUGCUUAAAGCUCGGCAGGAGCAGAACACGUAGGCUUCAUUCUGCCUUUUAGACCAAAGAUGUCCACAAAAUGCAAAGAUGGAUUGGAGCAGCUGGGACCUGUUAGAAACUCUGAGCUUCACACUGGCGGGUUUUCUCCUUCUGAUGAUAAACGUGGGAAAACUCCAGAAGGUUUUAUGUCUAUUAAGAUUUUUAUGAGCUAAUUGUAAACCACUGGUCAAUGUUGUGAUGCAGGUCCAGAUGUCUCGUGUGGACACUAAGCCAGCACUGCAGCAAUAUUUGUCCCCUCAUCAAACCGUAAUGAACAGGCUUGUAGAGUCUUCUGGUACGGGUUGUGCUGUUGGUGGGACGGCACCGACCUCACACACAGAAACACACACCCACAACUCAGAGAGGAUGUCCAGUUUUUUCUAACCUGAGGGAAAAAAAUCAAAGAACAUUUUUGCAUUUUGACUUCAGAAAAGCAACGCUAUGAGAUAUUUUAAGAUUCUAUAUUUUCUAUAUUCAGAGCUAUCUAUGAGAUACAGAUGAGUAUCUCAGUUCAAGUCUUCACUGAUGUUGCCUGAUCUGAACAUCCCGCCACAGACUUUUUUUUGUUAGCAACCACAAAUCACCACCCGAGUAUUUUUAACUGCAGGAAGCAGAGUUUUUUGCUGAUAAGAGGCCACUGAUGAACUCACGGUAACAACGAUGCAUCUCACUGACUGAAGGACUGAAACCCAUCAGCCUUGGUGCUCAGAAGCCAUGUUGCACUCCAGCGCUUUCAGCCGUCCACCUCAUGCACUCCUCCACAGGCCCCCUCAUCUCCGAUGGUACGACCCGAUGAAUGUCCGGCGAUCUCCGACGAGGCCUUCGAUACAGACUCCAACAGUGAUGAUGAAAAUGUGGAAAUGUGCACUUUUAUCUGCUGUUAUUUUUCUUUUCUUCAUAAAAGAAGUAUGGCAUCAUGACUCAGCAUGUUGUUACACAAACACGACCCGACCUUUUGGGACUGCAGCUAUGUUACAGCUGGUUUAGUGACAUUUAGUCACAGAUUUACAGUAAUACCGGUACUAGUUUUCCCACAAGGUUUCACAGAUGAACCAACGUUGUCUGAUAUUUCUUCUUUCUGUGAGCAAGUCUCAUGAAGGGACCGUAGUUGGAACAAUUUUGGUGGACAAAUGAAAACAAAGAUGUACUCCGCUUGCCGUUCAAGUACGGUCAAAGGUUUCCAUUUCUUCAUGAGCAUGGAUGUCAAUAAUGUUGGAGUCUCCGUGUGUUUGUAUGCAUCCAACAGCUUCUGGCUGAUAACUAGGGAUUGUGGUUUUCUGCACAGACUCGUCUUUUACACAUAAUCAAGACAUUUUCAACUGGUUUGAGGUUUGGAAUGUUGGGAUGGUCGUUCUUGUUAUUCAGUUUUAGCAUCAAUACCCUAGCAUGACACUACCACCGCCGUGCUUAACAGUUGAAACAAUAAAAGCCUCACUUAGAGUCCAAACAGGUCAGUCUUCACUAUUGAUUGUUACUGAACAUCCAAACCUGUUUCAGUUCAGUUGAUUCAUAAGAGCCGUUACUUUACAAAGUAAACAUUCCAAUUGAACCUUGUUCCCUCAUACUAAGCAAGCAUUUAGCGACAGUGGAGAGGGAAACUCCCCUUUAAAGGUUGAAUAUGGAACACUGGCGAACUCUGGUGUUCAGAGGUGGUAUUGCAAGAACAGCACUAGUUUUCCAGCCGCUGGGAUGUUGGUUCACUGCCGAGACGUUCCAGCACCAUGUUCAGAGACAAAUCAUACAGGAUAAUGGCUAAUUUCUACUGAUAAGUUCAUUAUACAACAGUAUUUACUGUUAGAACAUCUUCUGGGCUCAGAAUCAGCUGCUUGACUUGUCAAGUCUGCCAUUUUACACAGUCCCAGCCUCGCCUUGCUAAGUGGACUUUUUAGCGCAACUGAGCCCUCUAGUGGCUGUUAGAUGUAAACAUAAACACAGUGUUGUGUCCAACAAAAUAAAAAUUUGAUUAUUUAUCUUAUUUAAAUAUAGCUUUUAAAAGAGAAACUGUACAUUCAUCCUGCACACCUCUGAAUGCCCAACAGAGGUAUAUAUAUUUUUUCAAAUAUAGCUUUUUUUUUAAAUGUUCCAUAUUCUAACUUUUAACAGGUGGGGUACAGAAGCCGGUCAAAUAAUUUUUACACUACAAAGAGAGUCUUCCAGCUCCAGUGAAACACGAUCACUAACAAGAAGUUAAAAAGCCUUGACCCGAUCAGGUUAAGACCCAGAACCUUCAGCCACACUUUUUAAAAUCUACAGAUGAUCGUCUCUCUAAACUUUAGCUUGUCGGAAUAAGAAAAUUCACAACAGAUAAAACUUAAAAGCCCAAUUGAUGUUUCGUAAAGCUCAUUAACAGUUUGUCCUCAAAUAUUCCUGGCCUGAGAAAAAGGAAAGUUCAAAUUGGUGAAUAAAAGCACGAAAUGAAUGACGUUCAUGCUCGUGUGAGUGGAUGCACACGUCUGACUAAACCCCUGUGUUUUGUUCCAGAGCGCUAGAAUGGUAAAUGCCCUGUGUUUGAUAUGGCGCCUUCUAGAGUCCUGGAACCCCCCAAGGCGCUUUACAACACAAUCAGUCAUUCACCCAUUCACACACACAUUCACACGCUGAAUGCAGAAGAAAUCUACAUUCAUGAUAAAUCAUUUACAGCCUGAGAUUCUAUUGAAAUGCUGGCUGUAAUUCUCGAUUUGUAGUUAGUAAAUGUUGACCUGCGGUGAUUAAAUGAUAGAGCAUUCAGAGCAGGAGUAGCUGAUGCCCACAGAGAAGGACUGAAGUUUUAAUCCACCGCCUGUCUUACGAGUCAGUUUUAGGUGAAACGCGGUUUUAAUUCAUGUAAAAUGACAUUUAAUCACAAAAAGCACAGUGCCAUCAUUUGGAGACAUGUUCAUACAACUAGCUGAAUUUAAAGGAGUGCAAUGAUGAAAAGUAAAUACCGGUAGGCUUUGUGUUAACAUGUUUCAUAAAAUCAGGGUAUCUGCAGGUUUAAGGGAGCCAAAUUUAAGACUUUUUAAGACCUUUUUUAAGGCCACUUUGACCAAAUUUAAGCUAUUUUUUUAAAUUAAAUUUAAGCUUUAAUUUCCACCUAUUACCUGGAACCGGUGCUAACCACGUCACGAACGUGGCAUUAGCCAUCCAGUUACCAUUAUUGUUGCACUUCCCCAUGGCGCAAACUCCCACUAGCUUGCUCAUCUAAAAAUAGCCCCCCUUCACAACCAACUGAAUGUGUACGGUUCCGCCAACAUCACACACAAAACAUGCUGAACACAAACUAGAAAUUCAUGAAAAUUUUAUAGAAGUAAAAGAAUCUUGUUUAUUGGGUCUUUGGUAAUUUAAGACCUUUGGAAACUGUAUUUAAGGAUUAUUUGUCAUUUUUAAGGAUUUUUAAGGCCUUAAAUUUGGAAAAGCAAAUUUAAGACUUUUUAAGGACCUGCAGAUACCCUGUAAAAUACUCGGAUGUUUUAUUUUCGGAUUUUCUUAUGGUAUUUACCACUUUCUUUAAAUUUCCACAUUUUUAGGUGAUUUUAAGUGUUUCUGUGUGAAUCUUAUAAAUACCCAUCAUCUCACCCAUCAUACACAGAUGUUUGGUUAAAAAGAGCUUAUGUAUGACAGGAACGAUGAGCUAAUGGCUAGUUUGGGUGCAGUUAAGACCAAAGCUUAUUUCUGCCAUCUGAAAAUGGCCCAAAUUUUCAAAAUGUUUCAUUCAUUUAAUAAUUAAGAACUGCUGCAGGACGUGACCCCUGAGUGCAUACGUGUGCUGCUGAUAGUGAUGUGUACAAUAUGACAUCAUGAUGCCAAAUUGAGAGGGGGUGUUUAGGUGUAAAAGAGUGUCUCGUGUAUCAAUAUAAAAUGUCUGUAGACUGGCUGACAGCAAAGAUCUCUGCACGGAGGAAGCUAUGGAUAAAAUCCUGUUUGUAUGUUUUACACCAAAAUGGUUCAUUUUCACAGAUAAUUUAACACAAAGUUGCUUCCUACAUUUUGCUGCAGUCAUAAUGCGUCUAACAUUCUUGGUUUAAAGUUCCUAUAAAGUUCAGACACACCUAAAAAGGCUCAGGCUGAUCAGGAUUAGCGUUGGGUUUUGUAGUUUUCACACAAAAACUACAUGUAGAAAAAAGUCAAAUAUUCUAGACGAGAACUAAGCAGAACGCCAGUGGAGGUUUUCUCAUGAGAUUUGCUCACCAGAAAGAGGAAAAAUGCAGAUUUGCACCAGCUUGUCCAAUAAGAUGUUGGGUUAAAUUUCUGUCAAGUAAAAAAAAAAAGAGUAGAUUCAUUUUAUUAAGGUUUUUGUCAUGCUGUCAUAGCCUACUCCUCUACAACCGUCAUUUCCUCACUAACACUGAGAAUGUUGCCCACUUUGACUCAUCAAAUCUUAUGAAGAAUUAUGACCUCAUGAACAUUUUUACUGUUUAUUAGGAGAGAAGGUGUUAUUAAAGGACAUAGUGUUGAAGAGGAAAUCAGAGACCAGCUUGUUUAUGGUUGUUCGAGAAGCUCACCUGCUUUUUAGUUCUGCAGUUACAAAACAAUCAUCUGGAAACCAUCUAAAUGGAGAAAUACGCCAAUUAUUUUGUUGUCUUGCUGAAGACAAAUGUUCUUUUUUUUACAGUGAAAUAAACUGCUGAGAUUUUUCAAAUGUU